ACAUUGGCAUUAGACGUUUCUAUCUAAUCCAGGUCCCAUGUAAACCGACGCCACAUGCCUCUGAAGCCCUUGAUUUUAGGCAUCAACUGUCUCCACCUUCCCUCGUAUAAAAAUCCCACUUCCUCUGCACCAUUAUCCAACUUCCAAAACUCACUCCUCCUACCAUGAUUAUUGCCAAGAACCUCUCCAAGAUGAUCCACCAGUGGCACAAGCUCUCUGCCACACGCCGCAGGAGGGUCUUGCAGCCAAGAAACAGCGACAUCUGCUGUGUUGCGCCAUCCUCAUACAUGGACAAGGGCCACUUUGCAGUCUACACUGCUGACCAGAGGCGCUUUGUGGUGCCGUUGGCCUAUCUCAACGACCCUGUGUUCCGACAUCUGCUUGAGAUGUCUGAAGAGGAGUACGGCCUGCCCUGUAACGGCCCUAUUGUGUUACCUUGCGAUUCGUUCUUCAUGGACUAUGCCAUCUGCCUCAUCCGCAAAGGCCGCGCUGGAGAUUUGCUUGAGUCCCUUGCCAGAAGCCGCUGCUCGUCAUCGUGUUUGCGUCAAUCCCAGCUUUACCACCACAUGCUCAUUCAUUGAUUGCCU